AUGUCUCAGCCCAACAACACCACCUUGGGGUCUUUGACCCCCGCCGACAUGCGAACUCUGUUCGGGAUGCUCAUGCAAGAGAUGAUGACACCUGGUCAGAUGCAGGCCUACCAAGCCGCAUCUGUAUCGACUCCUCCAGCUGCGGAGGAGACCAGAGUCAGCACUUCGUCUGCCAAGGUCGUAAGCGUUCCCCCACCUUACCAAAGACCCGAGCCCGAGGCCCCAAUCGAACUCGAAGACGAUCCAGAGGACACCCCUCCCGUCGCUACCAGGGCCCCCCCACCUGCUCCUCCUCCCGUUGGCGUCAAGAAACAUGACGCUCGUCGAAUUCAGGAGAUGGUACAAGGGCAGAGAGCUACACCCUACGCUCAAGAGAAUGUCCAACAACCCAGCGGUAUCGGAGCUUUCCGUAAGAGUACGCAUGGUUACUCCAUGAAAGGCAGCGUUCUCCAAACGUUUACCAAGAAAGGCUCGGGUCAUCCUAAGCGAGUCUCUAAGAAGAACAAGAUUGGGUACAUCGCUUGUGGCUCCUUGGUCAGAGACGAGCUCGAGUUGAAAACGCCGGGGAAACGACAACAUGCAGGCCUUGUCGAUUACAUGGAGGCAUCCGGCCACAUGUUCAAUUGUGAAUUCACAACGGACAUGACUAGCCGGGACAUCACUCGUUAUGUCGAGAACAUCUUCGCUGGAGUACGGCAAGGUCAAGGAUUGCCUUCAGCCUGGGUCUUUGUCAAGAAGUCCCCGCUCACGGGCGCACUAUCGGCCAAGUUCACCUACGAGCCGUGGAAUAUGACCCUUAACAACCUCGCAACUCACUUCGCCGAGGAUCCCUUCGUCUUCGUUGCACCUGCAACUUUCAAAGAGAAGGCUCAGGACGAUGUCGGUUUCCGUGAGGGGAUCGCAAAGGCCAUGGCCUAUCAUCCUCUUACAUGGAGACGGGAGCCUCGUAUUCGCCAGGUUGACGAGAUCGAUAUCGACGAUCUGGUUGGGGAAGACAAGGAGACAGGAGAGGCUGCAGUAGAAGAGCCUGUCGUGGUCUCGGACUGCAUCGGGUGCGGUAUCAACCUACCGUACGAGCGCCUAUCUCGUCACUAUGGGGAGUGUCUGAAGUACAAGAGGAUGCAGAAGCCAAAGCCCGCUCCUUGGAAGGGCAAGCACAAAGCGGUGUCCGUGAGCUCAGCCUCAGUUCAUGAGGACAUCUUCGACCAGGAUGGGCAGGGAGAGUCUCCAAAGGCGAGGCCUACAUUGAUAGGGUGGGAAUCUUAUUCAGAGUCCGAGUCGGACGAUACACCCGCUCGUCCUCUGACUAUAGCAGAGUUUGAGAAGGUUUGCCGCGAACAGGUUGGGAUCCUUGGCUUCAAGCCCUUUCAAGCUCUGAUCGACGACAUCCUUCGCCCUCACCGUAUCGCUCAGUCUCGACGAGAAGACUUUGAGGUGACUGCAAUGGACUCCGCCCCUUCUUCGUCUCGUCUCAAGAUCAAGCUCAAUAUGCCCGGGUCUAUCAAGAAAGAACCAGGUGUAUCGGACAUGGAGAAAGAGUCCGAGGCUCCAGAGGCUGCGGAACCCCCUGUGACUGCUCCGGUCAUCGAACCACAGCCCACCAACGCCCGCAAACGCAAGACCGUUGAGCCUCUGCCACCUCGCGAGAAGAGAUCGAGGGUCGCAAAGAGGGCGUUAUUGUAA